CAGACAACUGAAUUUGCUACAAGUCUGUACUGCUUCAGAAAUUUAGAUUUGUUCUUUUUGGCUGAACUGGUUGUACUAGUUUCACAGUACUAGUUUAUCUUUCUUUCUUUAUACUGAAAGAAGAAAGAUAAAUUCUAAACUAGUACAACCAGUUCAGCUAAAAAGAACAGACUUAUUAUUUUAUUCUUGUUCAUCGAAUGUUAAACAAGGAUAUAAAAUGAUACCAGCACUCGAGGGUUAUUUCUAAACGCAUCCUAGUAUUACUUUAUGGUGACUUUGAAGAUGUCUCCAUACCCUAUAAGUGAAGUAGAAAUAUAUUGUGGAUGACAUAAUGGAUAUGCAAAAGUUUUGUCAACAAUUACCGAAAGUGGAACUUCAUGCACAUUUAAAUGGUUCAUUAAGUAUAAAUACCUUGCAAAAAUUAUACAAAAUACAAUACUCAGACAGUACAUAUGAUCCAGCUGUUUUGGACAUCACCAAUUUCUCAUCCUUAAGCGAAUGCUUUAAAAUAUUUGAUAUAGCACAUGCAUUAACAAUUACACCGGAGACUGUAUUUAUUGCUACUUGUGAUGUAAUAAAAGAGUUUCAUGAGGACAAUGUAAUUUAUUUAGAAUUGAGAAGCACACCUCGUGCUGUAAAUAAUUCAAUGACAAAAACAGAGUACCUUCAAGCUAUAAUAAAAGCUAUCGAAAUAUCCAAGUCUGAGUUUCCACAAAUUCUUGUAAAACUACUGAUAUCAGUUAAUCGAAAACAAGGUUAUGAAUCUGCAGAAGAAAAUAUAAAUCUUGCUAUGCAAUUCAUGAAGAAAUAUCCUGAAUAUAUUGUUGGUAUUGAUCUUAGUGGUGAUCCAACAACAGGUGAUUCAUUCUUAGAGUUAUUAGAAGCUUCCAGAAAAGUGGGUCUUAGAAUUACAGCUCAUUGUGCAGAGGUACCAAAUGAGAUAGAAACAAAGGAUAUAUUAAAAUUUAAACCUGAUCGAUUGGGACAUUGUACAUGCAUUCAUCCCAAUUUGCAAGGUUCUCAACAAUUAUUUGAUAAAUUAUUGGAAUCUAAAAUUCCUGUUGAAUUAUGUUUGACAUCAAAUGUUAAAUGUAAAACAGUAUCAUCAUAUAUGAACCAUCAAUUUAAUUAUUUAUAUAAAGCUAGACAUCCUAUAACUAUUGGGACAGAUGAUAAAGGCGUUUUUAAUACGUGCUUAUCAAAGGAAUAUGAGAUAUUGAGUUCUACUUUUAAUAUCGGAAGGAAAGAGCUUAAAGAAUUGUCUGUAUCAUCAGUACAAUACAGUUUUGCAAAUAUUGAGGAAAAGAAGAAUUUAACAGCAAUCAUUAAAAAUUUUGAAUAACAUAAUUCUUUA